AUGCGCUGGAACACCAUCAUUUCAGUCGCACAUCUUGUGCUCUUGGGGAUAAGCCCUAGCAGCGCUAUUCCAAAUGUUAAAAGAAGUAUUAUUGGCAGAGCUCCCAAACAACCUGCAAAUGAAGUCUACCGUGGAGACUUUAGAAGCCCGGCUGAGGUUGCAAAAGAUGGCGGAUUUCGCCCAAGAGGCGACUAUGCAAAUAAUGACCGAGCAUUUUCUAUGUGGCGCCACAUGCUUGGCGAGUUUAGCAUAGAAUAUAACCCGGAAUUUAUAGGUGAGCAUCCUACCGAGAAUCCCAACGAAGAAUGGGCAAGUGCAUAUGUUUCCGUAUCAACCACCACGGGAGAGGCAGCAAGAUUUGGGCUAUGGCUGUAUAGGAUCCGUGCUACUCCGAAUAUGAUCGACCCAACAACUGAGGACCAAAAGCACCCUGAAGUAUUCGCGUUGGGGGGUGUUCAUUGGGAACAAGUCAUGGGAUGGUAUCAAAUCAACCCUUUGAGUGAUGUCAUUACAGCCGCCGACUUUACACCCAAUCCAGCGUAUCAGGCAAGGUAUGACCAGUUCGCUUUGACAACCGUGGAUCCAGAAAGCCCAUGGCAUCUCGAUAGAAGCUACUGGACACAAUUCAUGGACCGCCAAGAGGUUGGGUCUGCUGUCGGUUUUACCGGCCAAUUCCCCCUACAAUUUGGGACAUAUUCACUUGAUGGGCUUCCUGAGCCUUCUUCUUGGGCAUAUACUGAAAUUCAGGGAGAGCGGCCGCAACCAGCGGAAGCUCAAGCUCCUGCGCUCAAUGAGGACGAUAUCAUCGUAGCUGCCCAAUACCUACGAGACCACAAUGCGCCGUGUGACGCCUCUGGCGUUGAUCCCCAAACCCAAUCGCUUAUUCUUGAGGCAGAUUCAAUAUUUGCCCAAGCUUUGGCCAGAAUGAACCGGGAGCAUGAGCGUCCUAAUCGCACCUUUGCGGAGGCGGACGAGGAGCUUCAGGCAAUUAUUGAAAGCCUUGAAAGCGGGGAGAAACCAACCACAUGUGAACUUGUUGGCGAAUGCAGUGGAAUGUGGCACUCCCAACAAAAAAGGGCGGAGGCACCAUCAGGGCUAUCAAAACUGUGUCAAAAAAUACACAAGCCAAGAACGGGCGCAAACGGCUUGGACAACGCGACGCAAAAUUCUAAGAAUUGUGUGCUUCGGUCUCUAAUCAAAGUCAAGGUGCAACUAUCCGACACUAUCUCGGCCGGAAGCUGGGAUCGGUUGUUUUUGGAAAUCGGAAAGAAUCCCAGAUAUGACAAAAGCCAGCCGCACUACCUGCUCAAAGAGUCGCCCAGCGCCGGAGACCUAAUGUCCAUCGAUGUAGACCUUGCAGACGCUUAUACAUUGAAGACAGUAACUAUUAAUGACAUUAAAAAUGUUAGACUGGUCAGCCGAUUGGACAAUGGACGGGAAGGUUCAAACCAGCUGAACCUGCAAGAUAUUACAAUCACAGCAAAAUGUGCCGCUUCAUCAAAAGUUGCUGAAUUUCAUAAAACUGCCGAUGCCUGGUUUACAAAUUGGGGCACAAAUUUAAAGCCUACGGAUUGGUCCUGGAAAAAGGAUUGUGACAAGUUUAAGAGCCUUAAAUUUAAAUGGCACUUGGGCGGCAUCGUCCGCGCUGGGACGUGGGAUGAUCUUAAAUUAAGUUCUCAUCGCAAUCCGAAGGUGGCAGCUAACGAUAUUGUAUUCGCUAAAAGCCCUGCGGCUAGUGAUAGUGGUGAGAUGGAGAUGAGCCUGAAGGAUGUAUAUGGUUCAGCAACUGUCCCCAUAGAAAAAGUCGACUACUUCCGCGUCUACUCCACUACAAGAUGGCCUGAUUCAGGCGAGGAUAAAUGGGAAUUCGGAGGAAUAAAAUUCAUGGCGAUGUGCGAGAGUUCCGACCACGCCGUCGUAUUGGACAAGUUUGGAAGUGAUUAUAACUGGCACUCUCGGAGCAAUGGCAUAGAAUUGCCUAUCGUAGCUAGCGACUGGCGGUGGGAGAAUGAAAACCUUCAAACGCGGUAUCCUUUCCCAAGAGAGGAUUUGUGA